UGUUGGCGCCGCCUCCCCCAGGUCUUGAGCCGGCGCAGAUGAGGCUCCUCGGACGGGGCCAGCGGCGCUUCGGAACCCGAGCUGGGGCGACCCUGGAGACGGUGCCCGCCCCUGCUAUGUGCUGGCGCCUCGGGUAGAGCGCGGAAGAGCGGCGGCGGGGCCGGGCCGGUGCCGGCGACGCCUCAGGCCUCCUGCGCCUUCCCUCCCUUGGCGGGCGGUGUUUGAGGGCGGCGGCGACGGUGGCAGUAGCAGCAGCAGCAGCAGCAGCGGCAGCGGGAGCCGCGGGGCCGGGGCCGGGGCCGGGAUGGAGGACGUUAACUCUAACGUGAACGCGGACCAGGAGGUGCGGAAGCUGCAGGAGCUGGUGAAGAAGCUGGAGAAGCAGAACGAGCAGCUGAGAAGCCGCUCCGGGGCCGCGCAGGCAGCCGUCCCCGGUGCGCAGGGGAGCCCCAGCCGCGGCUCCGCCGCCGCCUCGGGGACUGCUUCUUCCAGGGUCUUCUCUUUGGGCCUGACCUCCAAGGCGGCUGGGCCGGGCCUGAGACGGACAAGCAGCGAGGAGCUGCGGGACGGGGCCACCUCCUUGCUAGCGGCCGGCGAGGGCUGUGUGCUGGACGAGGUGGAGCCGCUGCGGCCUGACGAGCUGGAGCGCCUCUUGGGCUGGGAGGAGGAGGAGAGCUGGUUGUAUUCAUCACCAAAGAAGAAAUUGACUCCAUCACAGAAAGCAAUUAGUCCCUUAGUUUGGUGCAGACAGGUUUUGGAUUACCCAAGUCCUGAUGUUGAAUGUGCUAAAAAAUCUCUGAUCCAUAAACUUGAUCAAACUAUGACAGCCAUCAAAAGGCAGAGUUUGUACAACAAUUCUUUCAACUCUAUGAGUUAUGCAAAUUCAUACAGCCCAAAUGCAAGUAGCCCUUAUAGCAGUGGUUUCAAUUCUCCUUCCUCAACACCCGUGAAACCUCCUGGGGUCAAACAGCUUAUACUUCCUGGAAGUUCAGGUAAUUUUAAAAGUUCUACGGAUAAAAAUCCACCUCUCAGUCCUCAGUCUUCUGUAGAUAGUGAGCUAAGUGCUUCAGAAUUGGAUGAAGAUUCUAUUGGAUCGAAUUAUAAGCUAAAUGAUGUAACAGAUGUGCAAAUUCUAGCUCGGAUGCAAGAAGAAAGUCUUCGGCAAGAAUAUGCAGCCACUACAUCUCGGCGCAGUUCUGGUUCAUCUUGUAAUUCUACAAGACGGGGUACAUUUAGUGAUCAGGAACUUGAUGCUCAAAGUUUAGAUGAUGAAGAUGACAAUAUGCAUCAUGCAGUAUACCCUGCUGUUAACAGGUUUUCUCCAUCACCACGCAACUCACCACGGCCUUCACCCAAACAAUCACCCAGAAAUUCUCCUCGUUCACGAUCUCCUGCUCGGGGGAUGGAAUACAGUAGAGUAUCCCCGCAGCCUAUGAUUAGCCGCUUACAUCAACCUCGUCUAUCUCUUCAAGGCCAUCCUACAGAUUUACAAACAAACAAUGUUAAAAAUGAAGAGAAACUUAGACGUAGUCUUCCAAACCUGUCCCGGACCUCUAAUACACAAGUUGAUUCUGUGAAAAGCAGCAGAAGUGACUCAAAUUUUCAAGUGCCAAAUGGAGGAAUACCUCGAAUUCAGUCUCAAGCAACAGCCAUACCUUCUCCAAGUAAAUUCCGCUCUCCUGCAGCACCAUCUCCUUUGGCACUUCGACAGCCAGUGAAAGCUUUUAGUAACCAUGGUUCUGGCCCCGUUGGUGGUCAAGAAGCAGCACAACCCACUCAGCCUAAUUCCUCACCUGGGCCCCCUGUCGUUCAGAAUGUGGUCUCACCAAGCCCUGCCAGCAGCAUCAAUAGCACUACUCUUACUAGACCCGCAGGGACCACAGGAAUGAGGAGUGGCUUGCCCAGACCUAGUGCCCCUUCUGCUGGGGGAAUACCAGUGCCUCGCAGCAAACUUGCACAGCCUGUUCGCAGAUCACUGCCAGCUCCUAAAACAUAUGGUAGCAUGAAAGAUGAUAGUUGGAAAGAUGGCUGCUAUUGACCAGCAGAGAUGAAUGCAGGGUCCCCGGCUUUAUGGACGUCCCUUCACCAGACUAAAAGACAACCUUAUAUGCAGACGCUCCAGAUGUUGACUUUGGGAUCUGUAAAGUCCCAGCCCUCUCUGUCUUAAUUAGCACAAACUGACAGAGACGAUCAAGCAGCACUUUAAUGACAUUUAACAUCAGCUCUGUUUGGUAAUCACACAAUCAUUCUCCAUUGAAUCACUUUUAGUUCUGUUUACUAGAAAACCCAGUUAAUUUUUGAGUAUUUGACAGAGGCCAAUGUCUGGGCAAAAACCCUAAAAGAUGCCAAAGAGUAAUUAAUGCCCAUUUGCAUCCAAGAGUGUGCACCUUGGUGUACAAGAAAUAUGGUAUAGUCAAGCUAUCCAAAACAUUCAGCCUAUUCUAACUUUAUAAAAAAUACAUUUUUCCCACCAAUAAAUG